GGGUCUCCGGCAGCCCAGCAAAAUCACCUGACUCGGAGCUGUCCCUUUGAAACUUUUACCCUAACUCAACAGUCAACUUUCCAAAUAGAGAGAAUUGCUCCUCUUCAACUUUACCCCAUUGAGCUUAGAACUGCCACUGUUGUCAAAAGCUGGAGAAAGCUGUGAAUUUUGAAUGGAACUUGGGAAUAUUUUUUUCCCCUACGCUGUUUAUGACCUCAUCCCAACGGCGCGGAUUCUAAGAGAAUAAGCAUCGACUGACCAACGUUCGACUUGUGGGAAACAAAUCUGCAUCUGGCACACCGCAACCUUGGAGAGUCGUUUCAUUGCAAUCUUUUCCCAAAUUUUGUUAGGUACGGUAGUGUCGAGGCAAAAGAUUUCUUGUAUUAGCCUUCCCAAUUGGUUCGUCAGCCCAACGCACAAUCCCAAGCAUCCGGCAACUUCCCGAUCUAUCAUCACCGAGAACUUCCAUUUCGAAUUCCCUAGGGACCUGGGUAAAAUACCUAGACCACAGUUUACAAGGGUUUCAACGAACCCCGUCAUGACAUGAAUUAGACACAAGUCAAUUAUGAUUAUGUCCGACUGUACAUCCGAGCAUCGACCCAUAUAAUUUCUCCUUUUUUUUCUUUGCCCCUUUACGCAGGUGUUAUAGGAGAGCAAAAAAAAGAAAUAAAGAAAAAUAAAGAAAAUGUCCCUAGUGGCUGAUCAAGUACGGCGGUUGGACGCGCAACUAGACCGCAUUCCUUUCAGCCACUUACCGAGCUAUGACGCCACGCAAGCUUCGAUAGACUUGGAUAGUCCUCGUGCAAAGGAAUUGUUGAGGGUCAUCAAAGCCUUAUCGGCUGCCCCGGGAUCGCAGAGUGCCCUACCCCCAUCGUAUAUCCAAUCUCUCCUCUCUCUGUCGGAGUUACUCUCGGCUCAUACUGAGGAGAUAUCGGCGAACCAGUACGAGGUUGAGCUCGAGUGGAGAUUGGUUAGCAAGGCGACCGUGCAAGUAUACGGUCUUAUUCUAAAUACGUUACUAGAUCAGAUCAUUCCCCUGAGCGACCAUAUCUGGUACUGGGAUGAUGUGUUGUCAUCUCCAACGAACAGCACUAUAUACCUUGUGCAGACUUCCCCCCUACGGGUGUGGGCUUGGACUAGAGAAAUCUACGAAGACAGCAAGACUAGAUUCCAGCAGUACACUAGCGGUGACGCGUCGGUUGCUGGUUUGGUAAGCGGACCUAACGUAGAAUCGAUUCAGGCUGGAUUUGCCCAACGAUGGAGCCAAUUCUACGGAAUCGUGCGGGAGAGUAUACACCAAAGAACGCUCGCCAACGUGCAGCGGAAGAUAUUGUCUCCCGUUGCUCUUUGUCGAUCGGAAGCCCGUAAAAAGCAGUCUAAUCUGAAAAGGCUCAGAGAAAUGAUCUCGAGCGGUCUGGGUGUUUUAAUUGACGAGGCCCUAGUCUUCAACGGCAACGGAAGUGAUGAUGGUAAGAGCGAUAUAAUCGUCUCGACUAAUCAAGAGUGGAAAGGUGUCGUGGAACGAAGCGUCUCCCUCAUGGACAUGGUCCUCAGGGAUGUCUUAACGCUGGAUGUCAGAGUUGCCGAUUUCGAAGAUAGGGUUUUCACCGGCGUCGAAGAGGACCCCGAAUUAUCAGCCCUGAACGAACCAGAUGAACAUCGUCCGGCUGUAGUGGCGAAAAGACUUCAGGAUUUGCUCACAAUUCAAUUACCGCAACAUCUCGAAACCGCAGAAAAAUUGCUGAGAGAAAAUGGACGACCGUCAAGACUUGUGAGAUACUGGUUACCUGCCACUGCGCUUCUCCUCUCCUCGUCUACGAUUCUCCGCAUAUUGGUCAAUAGAAAGCAGGAGAUUCUGCAAUGGGUCAGGGAUUUUGGUGUUACCGUUCGUGACUUCUGGUUUAACUGGGUUGUCGAUCCUGUCCGAAAGGUUGUAGGCACAAUCCGCCACGAUGAUAAUAGCGAAAUCGCUAUCAUGAGUCGGGAUAGCCUCAAGGCGGACAGAGAAAGCUUGGAACGCAUGGUCGUUGACUUUGCCCUUGAUAAGCCGCACGUCGCCACAGGCGAGCCGUCGAUAUCAGAGUCGCAGAUUGACGAAAUCAGAGCUAGGGUCCGGGAGGGAGAUGUGACGCCAAUUCUUCGCGCGUAUGAAAAAGACUUGCGCAGCCCCUUUGUGGGCACCGUGCGAGGCGACUUGAUCCGAACGCUGCUCAUUCAGAUACAAAAGACAAAGGUGGAUAUUGAAGUCGCUAUGAGCGGAAUUGAUGCCCUUUUAAAGAGCCAAGAACUUGUCUUUGGCUUCGUGGGCCUGACACCUGGUAUUCUCGUAUCCGUUGGAGUGAUUCAAUACCUGCGCGGAGUGUUCGGAGGCAGGAAAGGCUUCCGUCAACACCGAAGAGCUGGAAAAUGUGUUCGAGUUCUACGCAACAUCGACCGCAUCUUGUCUGAAGCUACACCUUCACCCAACAAUCUUAUCUCGUACAAAGAUCACGGUCUCCUGGUAAGCGAGGUCCACGUCCUCCGACAACUCGCACAUAACCUCCUACCGGCCGACAUUAAGAAGGACUUCUUGGAAGACUUGGAUGAUCUUGCUAAUCUCAAAGGCAUCCAAUCACAGCUGCGGGCUUUGGACAGAAUACGUUGGGCAUACUCCAAGUGGUUGAAAUAGCUGGUACUCCAAACCGGAAGUUCGCUGCUAGAACCAUCUUAGCGAGUACCUAACAUAUACAUAUUGGCGGAUCAGGAGUAUCUACUACCUGUAUUAUGUCUUGCAAACAAACGCAUAGUGCAACGAAUGACCAUGACUGAAUUGUAUUGAAUAAAAUAAAUAGCUACGUAAAGGUGUUCAUAUUAUGAAAUUGGGGUAGAAAAAAAAGUACCUAACUUCUGUCGUAUCAUGUAAAUAUAAGACAAAUUCUGAUAAGCCCCUUUUUUUUCUCUUUCUAAUUUGAUACAUGUGUCUGGACAGUGGACAAAGAGGUACCUAUAGGUCCCAGUUUAGGAGGUCUCAAGUCUUUGCCGAAU